AUGAAAUUUCUAACAAAAAAACGAAAAAUAAUAAGGAACCGUAACUUUGAUGAUUAUCAUGCCAUUCGAGUUAUCGAUUCUAAUAGUGAUAAGGAUAAAGGACCACCUUCUUUCUCAACCCUGAUUAGGGAAUCUGUUAAAAAUCAAGGCGAAAAAGGGUCAAGAAAGAAGUUGACUGAAACUGUCAAUCAGAAAGUUGAUAACUUCCAAUUUGCCUUCCGAUCAACUCCAGGAACUGACGGAUGCUCCCAAGACCAGACCCUAGUGAAUGAGCCAGUGAUGACUCUUCGCCAAUUAAAUAAAUGCUGCAAAAAGACCAAUGAUGAGGAAAAAAGAGUAGAGAUAGAUACCGAUAUUUCUGUUGGAGAUGCUGGCUUAAGGAAAUCUAAAAAAGUGGAAACGAAGAAAAUAGGAAAAAUAGAAAAUACCUUAGGUGUUAAAAAAUCAGUGCAAGAAAAUCCUUGCAAAAACAAGAAGUGUCAACAUUCCUGUGCAACAAAAUUGUCCUGCAUUAAGGAAACAGAAGUUAAGAGAAGGCGGGUAAUACAGAAUACAGUGGAAGAAACAGGACCUUCAAUUAUUUUAUUACAUAGAAUGAUCAGGAAAUCGAAGUUUGUCAACAAUUUAUUUUGA